CGGAGAUGCGAUCCUACGGAAAACGAAUUCUCCCUGGAAAGUGUAGAAUCAUUCACCAACCGGUUUUCUGUCAGGAAUGUAGGGAAGGUGGAUUCUCUUUGGUGUAAAAUACAUACCAGGAUCUGUGUGCUAUGACCUUGACCAGAGGAUCCUUCACCUACUCCAAUGGGGAAGAAUACCAUGGGGAGUGGAAGGAAGGUCUUAGGCACGGUCUGGGUCAGCUGACGUUCAGUGAUGGGACAUGUUACACCGGACAGUUUGAGAACGGGCUAUUCAACGGCUGUGGGACGCUGGUCUUCCCUGAUGGAUCCAGGUACGAGGGGGAGUUUGUCCAGGGCAAGUUCCAAGGCACGGGCGUGUUCAGUCGCUUCGACGGGAUGAGGUUUGAAGGAGAGUUCAAGAGUGGAUGUGUGCAGGGCUACGGUGUGCUGACGUUUGCUGACGGAGGUCCAGAAGGAGGAGGAGGAAGAGGAGGGACGAGCCACGAAGGCCUGUUUGAGGACGGCCAGCUGGCGGCCCGGGAGCGUUGCCAGGGAACGGUGCAGCGGGCCCAGGCAGCGGCCGCCAAAGCGCGGGCGCUCUCCAAGUGAUCUGUAGCGAAGGUUCCCAGCGACAUCGCCAACGGCAACGGACUGAAAACACGAGCUCGUACCCACAACCCUCUGUUUCUCCACCGCAUCCUGCUCUCUGCGUUUACAACUUCCUCUGCCUCCACGUGUCUGUCCGUUCCCACCUCUAUCUCCGCCUGUCCAUUUACUGCACACCUCCAUCACCAUCUCCACCUGUCUGUCCGUCCCCACCUCCAUCACUGUCUCAAGGAUCGUUUUCUGCACUGCGGUGCCACGUAGGUCUGCCAACAACCUCCGAAGUCAGCUGAACUCCCGAGUCAGGAUCAGCUGAGCCCGGACCCACACCUCGUCCUCUUCGGUCCCGGGUUUUUAAUUCGGCCUACUAGGUUGCCAGCUACCUAGAGCCUAAUCUGUCCCCGGAUCAGCUCCAACUGACACCAGCCAACAUACCAUAUCUGGAAUCGGCCCUGUUGGGGGAUAGGAGGCCAGGCCUUCAGUAUGCAGUAGAAGCCUUCUCAGUCAGUGCCACAUAACCCGACUCAAUCUGUUCUGGGGUCGGGACAAUAACGCCUUUAUCUCAGUGCCAAGCAACCACACUGUGCCAUCAGGCUGGUGCCAGACUUUGGAGCAGAUACCAGGACACUGGUUCUCACCACAUGUCGGGACAAUCUCAGCUGAGUAAGACUGAUGUGAUCCGAAGAAGAAGAAGAAGAAGAAAACUUUGUGGGGGCGGCUUCCCAAGAAGCUACCCGAUUGGGUUAAAUGCAUAGAAAAUAUAACGGCUGAAACAGACUAAGCAUUGAUUAUAUUCUCUGCCUGUAAAUCUCUGCUCAAAGACAUACCCAUAGAUAACCUUUGAGAAAGGUCCUAGUUUUUGUUGGAGCAUAGGCUGGGAGUGGGGGGUGGGGCCGAGGAAGUGGGGUGGGGAUCAUGGCACGGGGCGGUCAAGGGUCAACGACAAGUGUUGCCUGCGAUGACAGCACACCGGUGCGCGCCGGCAACAGCCUCGUGCAAUUUCCACGUCGCCGUGCAACAGUUCUUAAACAAGACUGUGUCCGGCAAAGGGCUGGUGGGCCCUGGUGGAAAGAAGGGCACUGCAUAUAGUAACUAUGGUGUAACAGGGGCUGCAUCCGUAGAGGUGAAAUGGAACCCCCCAAGCAGGACCAAAGCUGGGCCCUUCCUGCGUGCGUAUGGAACCGUUCUAGCGAUGAACAGGAUGUCUCUUUAUUCGUGUCUCACGGCAGUAUAGGGAGUCGCAGAGCGACGGGAAACGACCAGAAAGAUUUAUUGUGCGGUGAACAUUCGUGGCAGAAACAACACACAUUCGACCUGUGAUAUUGCGCCUGUCAGGUGGAUAUUUUCGAUCCGUAGUUUUGGUCUGUAUGUCCUUUGUGGUCAAUUCUAGGAGCCGACUGCUUUUGUUCCUCCCCUGCAAACAAAAAACACAAGUAUC